AUGGAGGGGAUUCAGGUGGAUUUGCAUGGGAAAGAUUUGUGGACCAGAUUUCAUGCUGUCACAACAGAAAUGAUCAUUACUAAAGCAGGACGACGAAUGUUUCCCAGCUAUAAAAUUAGGGUGACUGGCCUAAACCCAAGGGCAAAGUAUAUUCUUUUGACAGAUAUUGUACCAAUGGACAGUCAUCGCUACAAAUUUGCAGACAAUAAAUGGUCUGUGAGUGGGAAAGCGGAGCCGGCCAUCUUGGGCAGGCUGUACGUGCAUCCCGACUCCCCAGCCUCUGGAGCCCAUUGGACCAGACAGCUGGUGUCCUUCCACAAACUCAAGCUCACCAACAACCACCUGGACCCUUUUGGACAUAUCAUUUUAAAUUCCAUGCAUAAGUAUCAACCUCGCCUUCACAUUAUCAAAGCUGAUGAGAAGAGUGGAUUUGGAGCUUCAAACACGGCUUUCUACACCCACUCUUUCCCAGAGACAGCCUUCAUUGCUGUGACAUCUUACCAAAACCAUGCAAUCACCCAAUUAAAAAUUGAGAACAACCCCUUUGCAAAAGGCUUCCGUGGCAGUGAUGACCUGGAGCUGCACCGCUUAUCUCACAUGUCAAGUAAGGAGUACGUGCUGGUGCCUCAAAACAUCAGCAGGCCAAGACUGGUCUCCACUGGUCCGUCUCCAAGUCUGUGUCCUCACUCUGAGCCCCACCUGGUUGCCAGAGAGACCACAGAAAAAGGACAAGAACAUGCCCUUCACUCCGUGUCUGCGUCUGAGCAUCCCUGUUUGACGGACCCCGAUCUGAGUGGUGGCUCUGCUGCAUUCCUUCAGCAGCAGCAACAGCAGCAGGAGGAGCAUGAUGGACUUUGUCACUUCCCCCUGGCCACUUUCACUUCAGGAAAUAAUAGCCAUCUCUACUGCCCAGGGCCAGCCUCUCUGCAGCCUUGCAUGUUUGCCAGUUCACACGGGGACAAUGCGGAGACUGACUGGUCUUUCUAUCCCCAACAGAGGUUUUCCGCUGGCCAGCAAGGUAGUGGGAACCUCAGCUACAGAUCGGACUCUCUAGAUGUCUAA